AUGUUCAUCCCCAGAUGCUAUUUUUCACAGCAACUAUUCACACUCAUCAAACCGGAUAGCGGGAAGUAUCAGUGCAAAAUCCAAUCGGACGGGCAAGUCAUUGCUAGCCGACGAAUGCGCCUAGAUGUUCAGGACGACAGUAUCUUCGUCCCAAAGCAGACGUUUCAAUACUUCGUUGAUAGCGGUUCGAAUGUGACCUUGGAUUGCACUGUAAAGAACAAUUUACCCAUCUCAAAUAUAUCGUGGCGUCGUCUUGCCAAUCCAUCGAGUGAUUUUGCGGGUGAACCAGACGAAGUGCUAUCUGGAAGUCAGCAGCUAGUAAGUGACACGCAUGUGGCCACGUGCUAG